AUGCUGGCCUCCCUCACCCUCCUCCUGGGGCUGCCGCUCGCCCUCGCCGCCGAGCCCCCCAGCUGCGCCCCGCUCGUCCCGGUCACCUUCGACAAUGCCACCAUCCCUCGGCUCCUGGGACAGUGGACCUACAUCACCGGCGCCUCCAAGUACCCGCCUCACGUGGCGGAACUGAAGGUGGUGAAAUACGCGACUUUUUCCUUCUUUCCCGGCAGCCAUGAGGACGAGCUCAACGUCACCGAAAUCAUGAGACUGAAUGAGACAUGCGUUGUGAGGAACACCAGCAACAUCCAUGUCUUUCGGCACAACUCCACCCUGGUGCACGUCGAUGACCAGGUGGCUUCCGUGGCCAAACUGAUCCAAAGCGACAAGGACCUGCUGAUCCUGAAACACCUCAAUGGCAACUGGCCGGGUCUGAGCCUCUCGGCGCGGACGCCCAACGUGAGCAAGGAGCACCUGGAGGAGUUCAAAGCCCAGCUGCGCUGCCUGGGCUUCACCGAGGAGGAGGCGUUCUUCACUUCUGAAAAGGAUGCCUGUCCCCUGCCCGGGGAGAAGACAGGCAAAGACAACACGGAGCAGCAGCUGGUGUAAGCCAUGCGGGCUGGGUCGGCCGCUCCAUCCUCAUCCUCCUCCAGUCCCUCCACGGGGACGUCCCUGCCUGCCGGCCCUGGCCAGGCUCAGCUCAGCCUCAGGACUUUCUAUCAAGGUUUCAUUUUUUCCUCCUGGAUGAAACGCCCAGUUUCCCUGUUCUCACCCAGACCAGAAAUAAACCCCUGUGUUACAAUCA